CUGGGAAGGGCUCUGGAAUUCUUUGCAUCAGCUUAAGAAGAUUUAACAACUUUGAGUUCUGUCCAGAGGGUAAAGGUAAACAUUUUUCUAAAGAAUGAAGAUUUUGAUAUUGAUUGAGUCUAUCCUUGCAGCUAGCUUGGUGGAUGGCAUUGGCAGCUCUGAUCUACAGAAUUGUUUUCAAGAGCAGAUACGACUUCAGGGCCAGGUGAGGCUUCUGGAAGAUCGUGUGAAACAGCAGCAGUUGAAAAUUAUACAGCUUUUAGAGAAGAAAGAGAUUCAGUACAAUGACAGAGGAGGUGAAAACAAUGUCAUUGACUUGGGAGGAAAAAGACAGUAUUCAGACUGUGCAGAAAUCUACAAUGAUGGACAUAAACAAAGUGGAUUUUAUAAGAUGAAACCUACCCAGAGUCCUAAUGAAUUCCUUGCCUUUUGUGAUAUGUCUGAAGGGGGCGGCUGGACUGUUUUUCAGAGACGUUCGGAUGGCAGCCAGAAUUUUGAUAGAGUCUGGGCUGACUAUGAAGAAGGCUUUGGAAAUUUUGUUUUGGCAAAUGGUGAAUAUUGGCUUGGAAAUAAAAAUCUUCAUUAUUUGACCAGUCAGGGGAACUACACUUUAAGAAUUGAUCUAACUGAUUUUGAAGGAGAACGGCGUUUUGCACAAUAUACAAGAUUCAGAGUUGCAGGUGAAGAGCAUUUAUAUGAGAUGAGUUGCGGUGAAUACUCGGGCACAGCUGGGGAUUCCCUUACUGGGGGGUUUCACCCUGAAGUAAAAUGGUGGGCUGAUCAUCGAGGAAUGAAAUUCAGUACUCGAGACAGGGACAAUGACAACUAUGAAGGAAACUGUGCUGAAGAGGAAAAGGCUGGCUGGUGGUUUAACAGGUGUCACUCUGCCAACUUGAACGGUUUGUACUACAAAGGGCCCUACACUGCAAUGACAGAUAAUGGAAUUGUUUGGUACACUUGGCACGGCUGGUGGUAUUCACUGAAAUCUGUUGUCAUGAAGGUCAGACCAGCAGACUUUGAACCUAAUAUUGUUUAAGUAUUUUAUUACGACAAUUUAUCUAGUUAAUCUUUCAGCAAAUCUAUCCAAAUUAAAGCAGAUGGGCAGACUUUUGCUUCUUAUCUAUACAUCUAUAAAUCCAGAAUAAUUCCUCGACAACCAACAGUUCUUCAGCCGUAAAUGAGAAGAAAUCUGGCCUAGGAAUAUGUAGAUACAAAUACCAGUACUAGUAUGUGUACAGGAUUUUUUUUAAAAGGCAGGAGUUCAUCUAGGAGUAAGGGCAUCUUUGUUAACACGGAGAAUUUUUGGCUUAUGCAGUAACUACAAGGCCUUUUAUCUUUUUAACAAAAGAAGUCUUAUUUAUGUUUUCCUUUUCUUUCCUGUCACUCACUUUUCAGCUCCCUGUAUCUGCAGUGGAAGCAACCAUGAUGAUUUGGCUCAUACUACUUUGUAUUUUUUCCAUCAGGAUAUUAUUUUAACAUAAGUCACUAUAUUGUCUUAAAACUUAUGAUGAAUUGUAUGAAUUACACCCAAAGUCUAUGUGAAAAUAACUUUAAGGUUGCCUUACUGAGUGGAUGGAAUAUGCUUUUUUUAGAAUGAAUCAAGGCUUUAGAGGAAACGAGUUGUCUAUAAAUUCCUCUGAUUUAUUUGAUGCAUACACUGUGUACAUAGUGUGCAUAUAAUGUAUAAAGAACAAGGCAGGGUACUGAAGGAACAGAGAUGCUACCAGGCUAGAAUCAAUUGAAUCCAGCAUAUAAAAGUUCAUUGUCUCUGUCUUUGCUGAAGCAUUCCUAAAGCUGGUCACAUCAUUUCAACCAAACAUUUUUAGAUGGCCAGUAAUUAUGCCUUCCUUCUUUUUGGUAAUGAGCUAGAUAUCCUGGACUUUAAGAUAUUGAUAUUUGGAUUUUACCAAAAUGCUGAAUACCAAAAAAUGCAACGGAUUUUCAUGGGAGCUGUGCUUUGAACAUAGACUAUCAUAACACAUAUGCAGAUGGUACUGUGUUUCACAUGCACUCUUAAUUCUGUUGUUUUAGAGGUUUUUAGUGCUAGACUCAAUACAUCUUAACUUUCUUUUAAGUACUGGUCAGUCUCCAAGGCUGUCCCAAUUUGAAUAUCCUUUCCAGUCACUUCUAAGAGGUUCUAAUUCUAAGCGUAUAACUUCUCCUUUUCCUACAUCCUCAUCUUGACUCCUUGGGUUUUUCCUCUUCUCAAGCUGCAGGUGCAUAUUGCUCUUGCACAAGAAAAAAACUCGAGAGAGAGUCUAUCUACCCACUACAUUCAUGCCCACCAUCACAAUAGACUGUAAUAGUUAGCCAGGAAAUAACAAAAAUCUCUGAUUAGUGUUUGCAGCUGUGGAGAUGAAUAGGCACAAAAAAGCUAUCUGCUGAAAUGUCAUCCAUUUCUGCUAAGCAUGUAAGAAUCAAGAUUUUACAAAACAGUUGGAUCUGAGCCAAACUUAGGCAUUUUUCAUUUCCCUGCUUCCUAAAAUAAUUUUACUUUUGUGAUUAUACUGCCAGUCUCUGUGUUUCUGUCUGUCCAAAUAGAAUUUUUGAACCUGGUAGCCAAUUUCAGUCAUAUUUAACAUAGCUGAGACUAACUUGCCAACCUAUGGAUCAGUUCACGUCUAUAAUGAUGUGAAUACAGUCGGCUGAAUGUGAACUCCCUGCAUGGCCAUUCUUCCUUCCAUUCCCGUCCUCCAAGAACAGAAGUUUGGUAAGAAAGAGUUCAUGAAAGAAUCUUAUGGAAGAAGAGAGGGAGGAUGUGCUGAAGAGCUGAAAAAAAGAGAGGUGCAUAUAAAACAAUUUAUCCCACUCUUUAAGAUAAAUCAAAUCGCACUUAAAUGAAAUGGGGAUGUAAGUGAAGAAAAAAUGGAGUCUGAGCAGGAAAAAAGAAUAUUAGCAUGCAUAGAAGGUGUUGAUAAAAAUCUGCAAUAUACAGGUUUUCAGUUUUGUGUUUUUUGUGAUGAUGGCAGAUAUUCCAGACAAUCCAACCUCUUUCUCAAAGUAUCAAUGGAUGUUCUGCCAGAUGUUUCUAGCCUUAAGCACAUCACUCUACCUCUGCAUGAGAUGACCAAUGGAUAGCUCUAGAACUGCUUAUUUGGAGCCUUCUUUAAUCAGUUAAAUCAAAUUACUUAUCUGCUAGGAAGACACUCAGGCACCAUAUAUAUAUAUACACAUAUACACACACACACACACACAUACGUAUACAUAUAUGUAUGCAUAUAUCUAGCUAUAUAUUCAGCAUUCAGCAUUAUAACAGAACAUCUGAUAGGUAUUUCUAUCCAAUUUUAUUACUGAACUUCAAAUGAGUUCCUGAGUAGCUCUACGUGUCAUUAAGAAUAAGAUGGAAAUUUUGGAGCAGUUUAUAAAGAUGUUGUAAGUACAGUAUUUCCCAUGGCAAUGUUCAAAUUCUUUUGCUACUCUGAGAAGAGAAACAUUUAACUCUCUGCUAAAACACAGAUGACAUUAUGCAGAAAUUGUAAAAACACCCUUAGUUUUUCACAGGAAAAUGGAAAGAAGAUUAGCUCAUAUAUUUUGAGAGUAUCAAGCCAGAUCAUAUUGCACUUAAUGUAAAUAUAAGACAUAGAGGAUUUAUGUACAGCACAGUUGGAUCUCUAGCACACAAAAAAGACUUACUAACAUGUACAGAUUGUGCUGAUAAAAUCUGCAAUAUUUAUUUUGUUUGCUGCAGUAUAAAUCCAUCCUUUUUAUUGUGAGAUUGCUAAUGAAACCCUUCAGCUGAAUUAGGACACUUUUCUGGUAUUUGAAUGUAAAAGUUGCAAGGAAUAAAAGUCGACUCCCUUUCUUUCUUGGAAAUCAUACAAAGAAAGAGGAACAAAUCUUUCUGUGUACAUGUUAAAAUGCAUGUAUUUGUUGAUUAUUUGGACUGCAUGCUCUUCAGAACAAGGACUUUGUCAUCCUAGCUGUCUGAAAAGCAUCUAGCGUACUGUUAGCAAUAUGCAAAUACAUUAAUUCCCACCAUGUUUUUAGGGCCUUUCUUUACGUAAUAAUUCUUUUUGGCCACAUGAAAAACAUAUGAAAAGUCUUGUAAUUCAAAAUGGUAAUACAGUUGUUCUUAAAUAAACAAAACCUGUAUUUUCAAAGAGCAAGUUUAAAUAGCUACUGGAACAGAGAGUACAGCUUGGAAGAGAAACCGCAAGUAUUCCUUUCUCUGCCUGGCAUGGUCUGCUAGUAUUAAUUUACUUCCUCAAGAGGUAUGACCGUGUUUUAGAGGGAUCUUUAUUUUUACAAAGACCUGUUUGUUUGUUUAAGCAUUAGACAGAACUACAUAACAACUCCAAAACAGCGGAAAAUGAAUAUAUAUCACUUGUUAUAAAUCAUAUAACCCAACAGAAAAAUGAUCAAGGAAAUAACAAGGAAAAUGGUUUGCCAGUCAUGAUUAAUAAAGAACAUAAUCUUAGCCGCUGGUAAUGUGUAACAAAAAUAUCUCUUUUUGUAAUAUUUGUUCCAGGGAAAAAUCUUUAUAUUUUCCAUUAUCUAGUUCUGUUUUAUUCAUUUUGCCUAACAUUUUGGAGAUUAA